AUGACACGUACAAAAUUUGACACAGAUGUAUCACAGGGGAAUAAUUUAAAUUUUUAUUUUAGAAAUGUGCUGCCGCGACUAUGUUAUGUGUAUAUUUGCGGCAAUUUGGUCAUUUGUCCAAACGAUACUACAUCUAGCGUGGUGUAUUUGGGCGGUAAAUUUUUACAAUUGUCAUUAUGGAAUUACCAGAAACACGUUUAAAUUCCUUUGGUACCUUACGUACUUCUACAGCGAUUCUUGCGUCAAUGUCACUGUUUUGGAUGUAAUUGACUACAGAUACUUGGGAAACGAAACUGCGAAUCGAGCACUGAACCUGCCCUUCCCGCCACAAUCCGCCGCAGCAGAUAGAACCGCAAACAUAUUUUCGACAUACAUCGUCAUUGACGCGCUGUGGAUGGUUACUGCCCUAAACCUGUUAAUUGCGACACUCUGUCGUAUAAGAAACCAGUGGGCGCUGCUAAUGCAUUUUCCAUGGCCGUCUGUGUUACUUAUUCUACUCUUUUUUGAUGGAGUCUGCGCUGCGUGGUACGGAAUUGACGUUUCACUUACUUCGGACUUCCAGAGCUGGGCCAUGUUCAUAGGCAUACCCAAUCAAGACCUACUGGACGAGAUCAAUAUCAAGCUGUACGCUGUGUCUAUGGUUUAUCCAUCAAUCCUCAUGAUGGUGAUAUUCUCCCGAUUGUUCAUAAUAUGGUUCGUUAACUUAUUUUUAUUCUUUCGUAUCGUUCAGGCGUCUGUCAACGCAUAUCAAGAUUUCGAUGACGAUGCGAGUAUCAGUAUAGAGAGCAGAUGUUACUAAAGAUAAUCAUGCGCAAUAUCUACUUGACGAUGACGGAACGUAUAAAGAAGAGAUCGUAGAACCACCAGCAAAUGAGAAAGGGAAGCGAAGAAAAAUUGCCUUCAAAAGAAGAGCAUUUUUUAAACGCAAGGCUAAAUCACUGUGUGUACCGAAAGACAACAUCUUUUCCUCGGGAUGCGUGUCUGAGGUGUUUUACUUAUAGAGAAAUCCAUCGUGAUUUUUAGUGCAGAAACAAAUGACUAAACUGAUGCCAUUCUUUCGUCUCUCUUCAGUUGUAUGUAAAAUAGAUGGACAAUACUUGCUUCAUUUCACAUAGAAAACGCUACCACAACAUCACGUGUAAGGUACUUACUGGUACAAGGUCAGUGAUUUCUAGACAGAAUUGUAGCUAAGAUUACAGAAAAUCAAUAAAUGUGAAUUUUUGAAAAUG